CCGAUAAGUGAGCGAUCUCUUGUGGGAGCAGCCUCUUCAGGCGCACCACCUCCGCGCCCGGCAGUUGGAGUGCCGAAUGUUCGUCAUCGCGAUACGUAG